CCUAGUCCCGUCAGUCCUCUUCUCCCCUCCCCCAUCUCCGUAGGAACCCAAACCCCACGCGGCGCACGGCGGGCGGCGGCGGCGGCGGCGGCGGCGGAGUCUCUCCCUCCACUAGGAUUUCGCGGCGCCCUCCGGCAGGGGGAGGCGGCGGCGAUGGCGGGGCAGGAGCGGAGGACGAUCGAUCUGGAGGAAGGGUGGGCGUUCAUGCAGAAGGGCAUCACCAAGCUGAAGAACAUCCUCGAGGGGAAGCCCGAGCCGCAGUUCAGCUCCGAGGACUACAUGAUGCUCUACACGACGAUAUACAACAUGUGCACGCAGAAGCCGCCGCACGACUACUCGCAGCAGCUCUACGACAAGUACCGGGAGUCGUUCGAGGAGUACAUCACCUCCAUGGUCUUACCUUCAUUAAGAGAUAAACAUGAUGAGUUUAUGCUGAGGGAACUAGUAAAGAGGUGGUCAAACCAUAAAAUCAUGGUUCGGUGGCUCUCACGUUUCUUCUUCUAUCUCGAUCGAUACUUCAUCUCGCGGAGGUCACUUAUACCACUUGAAAAAGUUGGGCUUACUUGCUUCGGAGAUUUGAUAUACCAAGAGAUCAAAGGACAAGUAAAAGGUGCAGUGAUAGCUCUGAUUGACAAAGAGCGUGAAGGCGAACAGAUUGACAGGGCCCUGUUGAAGAAUGUCCUAGGCAUAUUUGUUGAAAUUGGACUAGGCAGUAUGGAAUGCUAUGAGAAUGACUUUGAAGAAUUCUUGCUUAAGGAUACUACAGACUACUACUCUCUCAAGGCUCAAAGCUGGAUUCUCGAGGACUCUUGUCCAGAUUACAUGAUAAAGGCCGAGGAAUGCUUGAAGAAAGAGAAGGAGCGAGUUGGUCACUACUUGCAUAUUAGUAGUGAACAGAAGUUAUUGGAGAAAGUGCAAAAUGAAUUGCUUGCACAAUAUGCAACUCCACUGUUGGAGAAGGAGCAUUCUGGAUGUUUUGCAUUGCUGCGUGAUGACAAGGAGGAAGACCUUUCUAGGAUGUACAGACUCUUUUCCAAAAUUAAUCGUGGUCUAGAACCUAUAGCCAACAUGUUUAAAACGCAUGUUACAAACGAGGGCACAGCGUUGGUCAAGCAGGCAGAAGAUUCUGCUAGUAAUAAGAAGCCAGAGAAGAAGGACAUGGUUGGUAUGCAGGAACAGGUUUUUGUCUGGAAAAUCAUUGAGCUCCAUGACAAGUACGUAGCUUAUGUCACAGAAUGUUUUCAGGGUCAUACCCUCUUUCACAAGGCUCUUAAAGAAGCGUUUGAGGUCUUUUGUAACAAGGGUGUCUCCGGCAGUUCGAGUGCUGAACUGCUUGCCACCUUCUGUGACAAUAUUCUGAAGAAAGGUUGCAGUGAAAAGCUUAGUGAUGAAGCCAUCGAAGAUGCUCUUGAGAAGGUGGUGCGAUUGCUUGCAUACAUCAGUGAUAAAGAUCUCUUUGCUGAGUUUUACAGGAAAAAACUUGCAAGGAGAUUGCUUUUUGACAAGAGUGCUAACGAUGAACAUGAAAGAAGCAUACUUACCAAACUCAAGCAGCAGUGUGGUGGACAAUUUACUUCAAAAAUGGAGGGGAUGGUUACUGAUCUUACUGUUGCACGGGAUCAUCAAACUAAGUUUGAGGAGUUUGUGGCUGCACAUCAGGAGUUGAAUCCUGGGAUAGACUUGGCUGUCACUGUUUUGACAACAGGAUUCUGGCCAAGUUACAAGACUUUUGAUAUUAACCUUCCUGCUGAGAUGGUGAAAUGCGUGGAGGUUUUCAAGGAGUUUUACCAAACAAGAACAAAGCACAGAAAGCUUACCUGGAUAUAUUCCUUGGGAACAUGCAAUAUCAACGCAAAGUUUGAGGCAAAAACUAUUGAACUCAUUGUCACAACAUAUCAGGCUGCAUUGCUGCUGCUGUUCAAUGGAUCUGACAGGCUUAGUUAUUCUGAGAUUGUAACGCAACUAAACUUGUCAGACGAUGAUGUAGUGCGUUUGCUCCAUUCCCUUUCCUGUGCAAAAUACAAGAUUCUUAACAAGGAACCUGCCAAUAGAUCUAUUUCACCCAACGAUGUUUUUGAGUUCAAUUCAAAAUUUACUGACAGGAUGAGAAGAAUCAAGAUACCACUACCUCCUGUUGAUGAGAAGAAAAAGGUUGUCGAAGAUGUUGACAAGGACAGGAGGUAUGCAAUUGAUGCAUCGAUUGUGCGCAUUAUGAAGAGUCGCAAAGUUAUGGGCCAUCAGCAGCUAGUUGCGGAAUGUGUGGAGCAGCUCAGCCGCAUGUUUAAGCCUGACUUCAAAGCCAUCAAGAAGAGAAUCGAAGACCUCAUCACAAGAGAUUACCUUGAACGCGAGAAGGACAAUGCGAAUGUGUACAGAUACCUGGCUUGAUUGGUGGUUGGUGCUAAGUUGAAAACAGCUAGCUUGCUGAUUUCGCGCACUCGCUGCAGCGGUGUCAUGAUGCGUCAACAAUGAUUUCGUCAUCGCGCGGUGUCAUUUGGGCAUUUCUAUGUUAUGAUGUACCGCGGUCUUCCCGAUUGCAGCACUGGCUGGUCUCAUUUUGUACAUGCGUCAUCGGAUAGGAGAAUGAUGGUUGUCUGAAAGAUAAAACAGUAGCAAGCAUAUCGGCAGGAUAAGAGAGCCACUUGGUCACUGUUAAGUGCAAGUGCUAACCAUGCCUUUAUGUUUGUCAUUAUGCUUUUUAUGUAUGUCGUAGCAUUUCUCAAAGUUAAUCUGGAUGCUAAAUGGGUAUUUCUUUGCUCUAUGAAAUAGUAUUGAAAUGAAUGCUCCA